UGAAGAAAGCAUUGAAUUGUAAUACACUUUUUUCACUUUUUUCCUAAAGGCCGUUGCUGUUGUUAUGUAAUUAAGGACAAAGAAAUCCAAGAUUUACCUGACUAGAUUAUAAAGUAUCAUCUUGAGAUAAUAUUGCAGGUACUUAGUUGGUACUUAUUAUUGUUAUCAUUUCAAGGAAAAUCCGAUAUAAAACCUCAGUCACCUUUUAGUCUCUUCUUUGGUACACAGUGAUACAAAAAAUACUACAAUGAAAAGUGCUAUCAAAAUUAUAGUGUUUGUGUUAUGGCUUUCUUCAGUUUUGGCUAGAAGAGAAAAACGGGGUCCUAAACUUGUUAUAGACCAUGAUGGUGGCGCCGAUGAUGCUAUGGCAAUAUUUAUUGCGUUGCUUGAAGAAAAAUACUUCAUGGGACCUAAUGUUGUCGGGCUCACUACAGUCAACGGAAAUGUGAACGAAUCUCAAGUGUACAUCAACAGCCAGAGGAUCCUUGAUGUCGCCGAGAGAAGAGAUGUGCCAAUAUACAGAGGCAGUGCCGAUGCACUGGUCCUUGGCUAUUCUUCGGACGCCUACUUCGGAGUAGAUGGUCUAGGAGACAGCAAGAAUGUCAGCUACCGAGCCAUAAAAGCGGAGCCACUGGUGGCAGCUCUAGCUCUCAUUGAGUUCUCUAAGAAAUACGAAGGACAACUCAUAGUGGUCGCUUUAGCUCCGUUGACCAACAUUGCUUUGGCAAUCAAAAUUGAUCCCGAAUUCUUAACAAGACUAAAACAGAUCUAUGUUGGUGCCGGUCAUGUUUAUGAUGAAAACACCAAAACAGCAGAGUUCAAUGCGAAACUAGACGUAGAAGCAUACCACAUAGUCGCACAAUACGCUAGCAGUGACAAAGUGACGGUAGUUCCAUAUAAUCGAGUGAGAUACUCGUUGAAUGUGACUAGGGAAUGGCGCGUAAAGCAACUUGGCAGAAUAAACACAAAGAUAAUGCAGGAACAAAACAAAUUCGAACAAGUGUCUAUACCAAAGAGCACUCUCUGGCGACUACUAGAUCCGGCCGUUAUGAGCAUGGCCCUAGAUAACAGCAUAAUUGAGGACAUAAGACUUACUGAUAACGGAAUUAUUUUAUGUGGCGAGAUGAGAGGAAUCAACACCAAUAACUUCACGUCUGAUAGUGGAAAUAAUAUGAAAUUAGUUUAUGACUCUAAUGAAGAUGAAUACAAAAACUUUCUUUUGAGAGUAUUUUCGGCUGAUCAGAACAGAAUAAACUAAUUUUUGUUCCU